AAUGUGUCUUUCUGCGGGCUGUUUGUUUUCCUGUUUUGACUUAGGAGAUUAUAUUUUAUUCAUAUUAAAGACAGUUAAUUUGGAAUAUCUUCAAAAGUCGUGCGCCGUCUAAUUGGAAAUCAAAUCCCCCACAUAAAACAUCCGUCAGACAAUUUGGUUUCUAUGACAUGACACAUGACAAGCUUCUACUAAACCGUCCAAGGAAUGUUGCAUAAUGAUGAAAUAUAUAACUGAAUAUUCAAACUAAAAAAAGAAAAGGAACUCUUGCCUUAUGGUUGAUGAAAUAUCAAACAUCUUGUCAACAACCAAGCCUACUAGUAGCUACUGCGGUUUAGAUUCAUUCUUAAAAUCGUGUAACUUUGUUCAAAAACCCAGUAGUUUUUGGAUAAAGUAUUUUUUACCAUCAGUUUUCAUUUUGAAUUGCCUGUGAAGAACUGCAUGGAGCUGACGUAUAUGCUAUGCGUUCUUUCUCUGCGCCGACAGCCAUUCCAAACUCCUGCUUACCCCAAUAUCAAAUCCAGAAUAAUUUCUCUCAACAAGAUCAAGCCAUUUUAAAUUCUAUGGCUCAACCGACAUUUAGUCUAAUGCCAGCGGUUUCUUACUCUUCGAUUCCAGUAUGUACAUCUCCAACAUCCACAAACGCUAUACUUGGAUCUAAUAUGAUGCAACCGCAGCAACCUGUAUUAUUUUCUGCGGCUCCGGGAAGCUUUUUUCUUGCUCAGUCGGGUCCCGUUGGUACUCCAGUUGUGGGUGCCCCAUCUUUUGUUUUUGCUCCAGGUCAAACCAAUCAAAAUGCCUUUGUUGUCGCCCAACCUUUAUCACAAGCAUCAAUUGCAGGACACAUGACCACUCAUCCAAAUCCAGCCAACUGUGUUAUUCGUCUUCCCGAUGGACGAUUUGUUUUACCUGCUACUGCUCCUAAUAAUUUAAAUUUACAAUCAUCUCUAACUCGUAUAUGUGGUCCUCAGUCUAACUACUUUCCUACAACCGUAUCUGUGCCUACGAGUGCGAAUUCCUCUGCAAUAUCUUCACUGACUCCGCACAUUGCUCAACCUCCGGGUCAAGCAUUCUAUAUUCAUAUGCCAACCAGUUGUGUAAGUGUCGGCAAUACGGUCUUUACUACCUCCCAGCUAAAUACUGGUGCUAAUUUUCAAACUCAUCCAAUCUCAGCAGUGAAAUCAGGACCCCAAGUAUCUUUUGCUAAUUCCCACAUAAACGCCUUAUGUGGCCAGUCUGGUACGCUGCUAACCGCCGUUCCUGGAUCAACUCAAGCUCAACUAGGUGCCAGACCCCUUGGCACUAACAUGAAUGCUGUUGGUUCUGGACUGAUCAAUAGACCUGGAUUAAUUCUUCCCACGGGCUGUAGUCCUGGCACUCCAGUAAUAGAUGCAUAUUCUGUACAAAAUCAACAAAAGUUGUGUGUUGGAACGAAUCCAUCACAGUUUACUGGUCUUCAAGCUCUACCUAGUGGAAUGGCUAUUGCUCGGUUACCAAAUGGAACCUAUGCUACAGUAUCUCUUAGUUCUACUGGAAUAUCAGGUUCGUCACCAAUUUUUGUAAACAAUCCUCCUAUCCCAUCUACUUUGGCAAAUCCUAUUGAUAAUUCAAGUGUUCCCAGACGUAAUACUCCUACUUCUCGUUCAAGACAGAAGUUGACUGGUUCUCCACCUACCGAUACGGAUGUGCUUCGUCGUCUAGAUGAUCAAAUCACUUCAUUACAACGUUUGCCUGCCCCUACAGAAAUGCAACUCAACAGAUUAAAGCAACUCAUUGAGGUGAAGCAUCAGUUAACAAAAGUAUCGAAUAUGUCCGCUAAUCCACCCAGUGCACUCGCUCCUCGUAGCACACCCACUUCUAACACGGCUACGAAUCCUGCUCCUCUCCGAAAUCCUAACCCUGGCUGUGUUCAAAUUACCCCAACCAUACGUCGUGAAGUUUUGGAUUUGCUUACACAGUACAAUUUAAUACCACGGCCUACCACGACUAACAAUAAUGAAGAAACCUUCAUUGUAGAAUUUCGACUUAAUCAGCAAAGAUAUCAGCUUCGGCUAACUCGUGCGCAAAAGGUUGACAUGGAACGGUUGCUUUUCAGCAUUACGUCACAACGCCAAGCUGAAGUUCUAACUAUAUUCCAGCAAGAACAAAAUCGUCCACUCAGUUCAGCACCAAGAGCUAGAUUACCGCCUUCCCCUGUGCAGGGUAGUAAUUCGGCUGUGACGUCACCUUCGUUAGUCGGAUUCAGCAUUGCUUCCCAACCUUUGAGAUUCCCGUCUGGAAUCCAAACCUUUGCAGCAGCUCCUUCCUUACCUAUGCAUACUUUCCAUGGUGCAUCUGGUUUGCGACUCGUUACAGCACGCCAGGUUGUGCCACCAACUGCUAUACCGGGCCCUGCGCGACCAAGUGUCCCUCCAAUAUGCUCUUCAACUCCAGUUAUGGGUGUUGUUGCAGCCUUAGCUGUACCUUCUGUGGGGACCUGUGUUAAUAACCCGAUGUUUGCACCAACUAUGGCACUAAAUUCCGCAGCAGUAAAUAUCCCGACAGUUUCAUCGAGUCUUUCAAUCCCUUCAACCGUUAUGUCCAAUACAAAUGAAACAAGUGGAUUGCUUACUACAAUACCUGUGACUUCAUUUGGUUCAAGUAUGAAUGGAGGGCAAAAUUUUGUCCUAUCAAGUUCUGCUUCGCUGAAUUGUAGCGGUAACACAAUGCUAUCUCCCAAUAAUAGUGGAUUCUCUACACAAUCUAUAUCACAACCAAGCCCAUUCACAUUAUCAUGUGAAUCUAGUAGUGCUGUCAACUCAAUCCGACCAGUUGCACUAAAUCUUCAACAGGCUGCUAGAAUAGGUCGACUGCGUGCAUACUUAACUAAUGAUCUUAAAAUGGCAGUUGAAAAACCACCCGUGUUACGAAAUAAUGAUGCAUCACAAUUACCGAGUCCUUUAGAAUUACUUGAAGCAUUGGCACCUUAUCAUGUUCUUGAUGAUGCAGACAACACUAAAAAAGCUUUAGACAAAGUCGACCGAAUACUUGAAGAAUCUGUUAAUCUACUCUUACAAAGGAAGAAAGAAACAAUUGAAGCUGUAAAUUCACUAAUUUUCAAAGAAUCCCUGGUAUGUAAUGUUUGUGCACAGUAUACGAUAGUAUUUAUUACCUUAUGGACAUUUCUGAAAACCAUAGCGACUAUCUAGUAACCCCUAAAUGAAACUUAAAUUGAUAACUUCAAGUAGCUGAUGGGUAAGAAAGAAGCUGUUUAAUUGCUGAAUCUUAUGACGCUAGAUUAUCCGUAACUUGCUCAUCAGGCAUCCAAGUUUAAUUGCAUCUCAUCUUUUUUUAUUAGAGUUGAAGUUAUACUUUAUAUGAAUGUUGUUAUAUGCAGCUAGAUAUUUCAAUGAUAUUAAUGGUCAGGUGAAGUUACCUAAUCUUCCUCUAGAAAUGUACUCAUAUGAUAAGGAGUGCUAGAUUUAUUGAAGGCUAUAAUAUUUCUGACACGGUAUAGUGAUCAUUAAUACCCAAGUUUUCAUUGUUACAUGAGUUUAUCUCUGAAUAAAGUACUUUUACUUAGAUGAACAGGGAUUCAGGUUGUAUUCUAGCCUCAUUUUGUUGCUUUCACUUUAUAUGAACUGAUUCUUUUGAAAUUAUGAAUUUUUUCCACUAUGAACAGCACAAACUAGAACCCUUUUUGGAGGACCGUCUGCUGCUAGCUAAUAUGGCAUUAGAUUUGGAAAGGGAUAUAUUUACUAUCGAAAAGGAAAUAUUUGCAGAAGCAUCCAAAUGUGAUGAAACUGUAGCUAGUGAUAUUUGCAAUACAGGCUCAAAUGUUUUCGAAUCCAUGAAUGAAGAAUGCGUAUUAAACAAACCUACCGAUGAUGGUAGAAAAAGACCAAAUAGUAAAUUAACUCCUAUCUUAAAACAUUCAACAUCUUUACUUCCUCCACCGUGGUGCAAACUUCUAGGUCCACUUGCAUACCUCCACCCUUUAACAUUUGAUGCUAAUGGUAGGACAACCGUUGCUGAAAUUAAGCUCCCUUCAGAAGAACCAAAAUAUGUUUCACCUCAAGAAAAUACAACACAUAUCCAAUCACAGUCUUAUGUUAACUCUCCUAAUGAUGUGAUAAUAACUGACUCAACGUCAAAGUCAAACACUGCCAUCCCACCACAUUGCGAGCACAAUAGUACAACAGUAACUGGAGAUGAUGACAUAAACGGUGAAUCUUCUGAUGAAGCUGAGGCUGACCGUUUACUUGGACUCGGAAUAUCUACGAAUCGGCCAAAAAUUGAUAAGAAUUCGGUAAAUGGAUUACUUGAAGAUGGCACAUCUAUUGAAGGUAUUAAGAAUCAUUCUGAAUGCGACGAAUUUGAUGAAGCCUAUGAGUUUUGGCAAGAAUUGAUGCAUGAAAGAGAUAUAAGUAUCGGGGAUAUGAAUUCUGGUCUUCUGGAGAACAACUUUGACAAUGAAUCCAAUUCUAUGGAUGAACCGCCAAAUAAGUCUCUACGUUUACUAGACAAUGGUCAAAGUCACAACGCUUCGGCAGUUCAACACUCUGAAGAUCCAGAUAUUGAUGCAGCAAUCAGAAGUAUUUUAUCGACUAGUGACUGAUGAAGACAAUCAGAAUACUUUUUGUAUAUUAUGUCAAUACUUCCAGUACACAGGAAUUAGUGUUCUCAUUUUAUACCUAUCAUUACCAACUAGCUGAAGAUCAAUCGAUCUUUCCCCUUCUGUACAUUACUGCAUCCUCCAAAGUUAUCAUUUCGGCAUAUUCAUUAUUUUCCUUAAAAGAAGUUACUAUCUAAUAGGGUUCUGUAGAAGCACUCCUGUUUUUUUUAGGGAUAGGUUUUAUCAUCAUAAAUAUCUUCUCCAAAUAUGAAUGGCUGCUUCUAGUGCUACUUCAUCCUAAUAAUAGUAAUAUAAUAUACAUUUUGGAGUGCCUUUCUUCUGGUUCAAUUUCGUGUGCUUUUUCUUCCUUACUCAUCUUUCUUUUAAUCCCACACUACAAACAAACAUAUCGUUGAAACUGAUGACAAAAAGAAAGGCAAGUGUUUGUUUCCAACAUCUUAUACGUAUAUACUGACUCAUUUUAAAACCUUGUAUAAAAAAAAUAAGUUAUUCAGUGAAGCCAACUAACUGUGACAUGCUUCAUAUGUGUUGUACAGUAUCUAUUUUACGUGUAUAUUUUUCUUUGUUUCUUGUACAUCUGUGUUAUAUAUGUACUUGUAUCCUGCAAAAAUGAAAUGAAUAUGAAUAUUUCUCGCCAUAAGAUUUCAAAUUUGAAUGUUGAAUGACUUCUUUCUUUCUUAUCCAUUUUGCUAGUUUAAAAUAUAAAAAGUUGAAUCUUUG